UCGGUCUCGGUGGUCUUGGAGCAACCAGCAGUACUAGCACUAAACACAGUUCUACCGCUGCCGGUCACUGAUCCCGUCAACGCGAGGUCUCCGCCUCCAAGCGAAGUCCCUCGCGCGAUCCCCUCGUUCCCAUCUUCCUCUAGCUAGCUUUCCGAGAUUCAACGUCGUGAUCUCCGGCCGAUCCAUUCCAUGGCGAACCAGCUUCUGUCCACCGUCGAGCGUCGCGAGACCCUGCCGGAGAGCUAUGUCCGGCCCGAGUUCGACAGACCGCAGCUCGCCGAAGUGACGACGGACAGCAACAUCCCGCUCAUCGACCUCGCCUCGCCGGACAAGCAGCUCGUCAUCGCCGAGAUUGGUCUGGCUUGCCGCACCUACGGCUUCUUCCAGGUUAUAAACCAUGGAAUAGAAGAGGAGAUACUGGAGAAGGUGAUGGCCGUCGGGCUGCAGUUCUUCCGACUGCCGGCGGAGGAAAAGGCGAAGUUGUACUCUGAUGAACCAUCCAAGAAGAUAAGGCUCUCCACGAGCUUUAACGUCCGCAAGGAGACGGUGCGCAACUGGCGGGACUAUCUGCGCCUUCACUGCCACCCAUUGGAGGAGCUCUUGCCUGAAUGGCCGUCCAAUCCUGAAUCCUUCAAGGAGAUAGUCAGCACGUACUGCCGCGAGGUCCGGCUGCUCGGGCUCCGGCUUCUCGGCGCCAUCUCCCUCAGCCUCGGACUCGAAGAGGACUACAUCGAGAACGUGCUGGGCGAGCAGGAGCAGCACAUGGCCGUGAACUACUACCCGCAGUGCCCGGAGCCGGACCUCACCUACGGCCUGCCGAAGCACACGGACCCGAACGCCCUCACUAUCCUCCUCCAGGACCCCAAAGUUGCCGGCCUCCAGGUCCUCAAGGACGGCGACCAGUGGAUCGCCGUCAAUCCCCGGCCAAACGCUCUAGUCAUCAACCUUGGCGACCAGCUGCAGGCCCUGAGCAACGGCGUGUACAAGAGCGUGUGGCACCGCGCGGUGGUGAACGCGGCGCAAGAGCGCAUGUCGGUGGCAUCUUUCCUGUGUCCGUGCAACAGCGCGGUGAUCAGCCCGGCGGGUAAGCUCGUCGCCGAUGGGGACGCGCCCAUGUACCAGAGCUACACCUACGACGAGUACUACAAGAAGUUCUGGAGCAGGAACCUGGACCAGGAGCACUGCCUGGAGCUCUUCAGAGCCUCCCAGCUGCAGUAACUAUUUUGCACCCUCGAGACUUGCUCGAACCAGUUUGCUUGGCUUGUUAUAUCUACGCCGUCCGGCAGCAUUUCGGGCGGAAUGCCCCGAUUUUAUCGUUUCCUUGUGGUUUGUAUGCUUGUCCUAGUCAUCUUUUCUUGUACCUCCAGGAAAACCAUGCUUGUCCUAGUCAUCGUUUCCUUGUGUUGUGUUAUAUUAACAAUUCUAUCACUUAAAUUCUA